AUGAAGACAAUUAUUUUGUUUUUAACUUUUCUGGUCCUUUUUUCCUCAUGUACAUCAAUAAUUAUUCAAAAAGCUAAUUUAGACGAGAGAACAUCUCUUGACAAUCCAUUAGCGAGCCCUUCAAUGGAUCAAAUGCUAGUGGAUAUACAUCUUGGACAGUCUCUUCGUCAAGGCGUAAUGGGUUUUUGUUAUGACUGCGGAAAAGCUUGUUUUAGAAGGGGUAAGUAUAUUCGUAGUUGUACAAGAUUUAAAUGUCGUUGCAGUAUUAGUGACAUUAAAUAAGACUUCAUAAUUUUCUUGUAAAAAUUAUAAUAAAAUUAUCGUAUUUAAUAUUCUUCUAUGGUUUUGCUUUACCGUAUUGAA